AUGAGUGACAUAGACUUUUCUGAUGAGGAAGGUGGUGAAUUGGAGGUGAUGUUCAACGAGGCAUCGAAGCUUGUUACCCAAAAUGUGGAGAAAUUCAGCGAAGGGCAACUCCUCACCCUCUAUGGAUGGUACAAACAAUCCACAGUUGGAGAUUGCAAGGAAAACCGUCCGGGACUCUUUCAAAUAGCAAAGAGAUCCAAAUGGGAUGCAUGGAAUCGAGUAAAGAAUACCCCAAAGGACGAAGCCAUGGAAAAGUACAUUGAGAUUGUUAAGAAAACUUUUCCUGACAGAGAUUUUUCAACGAAAGAUGCAAAACAAAGCGGACAAGGCUGGGUGUCUGUCUCAACGCACAGACAGGAGGAUGCUACCCCGGAGGAGGAUAAAACAAUCUUUGACUAUGUACAAGAGAAGAAUUUCGACAAAUUCGUCAAAGCACUCGAACACUGCUCAAAUGUGAAUGAAUUGGAUGACAAUGGAUUAACAUUGCUUCAUUGGGCUGCUGAUCGGGGCCAGGAAAGUAUGAUAAGUCUCCUGUUGAAGCGUCCAGAUGUCAACAUUAACGUACUAGACGAAGAUGGACAGACUCCCCUUCACUAUGCCGCCUUCUGUGGUCACAAAGAGUGUGCGAGAGUCCUCAUAGAUGCUGGGGCUGACAUGACCAUCAAGGAUUCCCAGGGAUCAACAUGCCACGAAGUUGCUUGCGAUGAUGCCAUUCGCUCCGUUCUCACCAACAACGAACUAAAGCGCCGGCAGAAGGCGGAGCAGAAGGCAAAGGAAAAGGCGGAAAAGCAAUCCGCCGUGGAAGUUGUGAAGAAAGCAGAAAAGAUCAAUGAGGAAGAAAUCUCCCCAAAUGAGUACUUUAAGCUCCGUUCAGCGGCUAUUGCGGAGUUCAAGCAGCGCCCAGAGACUGAUCCGUAUCCCCACAAAUUUCACGUGAGCACCUCCCUUGAGGAGUUCAUUGAGAAAUAUUCCAAUCUCGCUGAUGGGGAGGUUUUGGAAAAUGUUCAAUUGAGCGUGGCGGGAAGAGUUCAUGCAAUUCGCGAAUCAGGUGCUAAACUUAUCUUCUACGACCUUCGCGGUGAGGGUGUUAAGCUCCAGGUGAUGGCCAAUGCAAAGCUCUACGAGGCUGAGGGGGAUUUCCCCGAGGAAACAGGACGUAUUAGGCGUGGGGAUAUAAUUGGGGUUAAUGGAUGUCCCGGGAAGACUAAGAAGGGGGAAUUGUCCAUCAUGCCUAAGCGGAUCAAAUUGCUUUCUCCAUGCCUUCACAUGAUGCCCCAUUUGCAUUUUGGUUUAAAGGACAAGGAGACGCGUUUUAGGCAGCGAUAUCUUGACUUGAUUCUCAACAAUCGCGUCCGUCAGACUUUCUACACACGCGCCAAGAUUGUCUCCUACAUUCGACAGUUCCUCGAUGGGCUGGGUUUCCUGGAAGUUGAGACACCCAUGAUGAAUAUGAUUGCCGGUGGGGCAACAGCAAAACCUUUUGUGACGCAUCACAAUGAACUAAAUAUGGAUCUCUUUAUGAGAAUUGCUCCGGAGUUGUAUCACAAAAUGCUAAUUGUGGGUGGAUUGGAUAGAGUUUAUGAGGUUGGACGACAAUUCCGGAAUGAAGGUAUUGAUCUCACGCACAAUCCGGAAUUUACAACGUGCGAAUUCUACAUGGCGUACGCAGAUUACAAUGAUUUGAUUGAGAUCACGGAGAAAAUGGUGUCCGGGAUGGUGAAGUCCAUCUUUGGGGGGUACAAAGUUAAAUUCCAUCCGGACGGGGCUGAUGGGGAGGAGGUGGAAAUUGACUUUACACCACCCUUCAGGAGAAUCUCCAUGAUUUCCAGUCUCGAAGAGGAGCUCAAGGUGAAAUUCCCAUCAGCUGAUACCCUCUCAACGAAGGAAGCAAAUUCCUUCCUGAGUACACUGUGUGAGAAGCAUCAGGUGGAGUGUCCACCACCGAGGACUUCGGCAAGAUUGCUAGAUAAGCUUGUGGGGGAAUUUCUAGAGGAGAAAUGCAUCAAUCCUACUUUUAUUUGUGACCAUCCACAAAUUAUGAGCCCCCUGGCGAAGUACCAUCGUGCCCAGAAGGGUCUCACGGAGCGCUUUGAGUUGUUUGUGAUGAAGAAGGAAAUCUGCAAUGCCUACACGGAACUCAAUGAUCCCGUCGUGCAACGGGAGAGAUUUGCUCAGCAGGCAGCUGAUAAAGCAGCCGGGGAUGAUGAGGCACAGCUCGUUGAUGAAAAUUUCUGUACGGCUCUUGAGUACGGAUUGCCACCAACGGGAGGAUGGGGAAUGGGUAUUGACAGGCUCACCAUGUUCCUCACAGACUCAAACAACAUUAAGGAGGUACUUUUCUUCCCAGCCAUGAAGCCCGAUGACCCCAAUAAGGGUAUUCAAAAUGCCGAUGAGGCCAAGGAGGAGCAAAAGUAGUUAAUGUGUGUGGGAUAGUUAGCUUACCACAUCUCAACAGAAACUAAAUUAUUGAAGAAACAAAACGAUCGUAUUCAAGUGAUUUCCUGCGGUUGUAUCUCCUCGAUUUGAGAAUUAAAGAUGAAGUCAAAAAUCA